UAUUCAAAAUGGCGGGUCGUGGUGGAAGAGGUCGCGGUAAAGGUCGUGGUUUUACCUUUGAUAUCGGAUCCAUUGGGUUUGGUAGAGGAGGAGAUGCUUUACCUGCUUCAAUACUACAACCACCUCCACUUUUUCCUCCACUAGAAAAAAUACCGCUCCCUCUAAGGAAGACAGAGGCAGAUGAAACCAUGUUGCAACUGAAACAGGAUAUCAAAUACAUGCUGAAUACAUCUCCUUACUAUGUAAAGCCAAAAAUCAUCAAUAAAGAUAUUGAAAGGUAUUCUGAUAGAUACAAGGAAAAACCACAAGAUAAUUUGAAAUUCAAGUGGGAACCAGACUGGUCUUAUAUCCCCUCUGAAUUGAAGAUCAGAAUAGGACGACCCAAAUUACGGCACUCUGGAGUAUUGAAACCAAACAUGAGAAAGAGCAGAAAAUCCUCAGAAAAAUCCUCAGUAGAUUUGGAAAAAUUAGAGGAGCUUGAGAAAGAAGGAACAACUGACAAACAGUCUCAGGAGAAUAAACCAGGAGAGAGCAAGGAAGGUGAAGCUAGUGAUGAUGAUGUUGACGAAGAGGAGGAAUAUGAUGAAGAAGAACAAGAGGAGGAAAAUGACUAUCUUGUUUCACAUUUUGAUGAUGAUGAAGAUCUUGCAGAAGAUGAUGACAUGGAUGAAGGACCUAUUUACUAAAGUAUCGUAUGGGAUGAAGUUCUAUCAGAGGUGAAUAGAAUAAGGAGCUAUAAAGUUAUCUAUUCUACUGGAUGAUGAUGAAUUUGCAGGAUGGGGCAACGUGAAUAUAGGAGAGUUUUUAUGACCUGUUCUGUUAGUGAUAACCUCAGUAAAAGAGAUGUAACAGAGUGGCAAUGGAGAGCAUUACAGAUAGAGCUACAGAUAUUUUUGUGAAAACCCAUGUUCCAUGCAUCCAUUCAAGAGACAAUGCCAUCCUUACUAUCUAGCCCAUCCCACACUAAAAGGGGUAAAUGGAGUGCUUUCGAAGUGUGUGGUAUUUAUAUCCAACAUAUCUAUUUCACACCUUUACUUAUUCACUAUGAAUAGAUUAUUUAUAUACCUUAAAUAUCUACCUUGUAUUUAUAGUAGCAUAAUGUUCGUAUUCAUAUAUUAUUUUUAUAUCAGAUUUUAUAUCAGCUUGAAUGUAUUUAUAAUGAGUUUUUUUUCGGGCUCUCUUGAUUACUGAAAAAGAAAAGGAUGCAUAUAGUUUUUUUCAAAAUUUCAUUACUGAAGCUUUUUUAAUGGUCUUUUUAUUGAUCAUAUAUGAUAAUUUAACUGAGAGCCCUUGGCUUUACAUUAUCAUUAUUGUGCAAUUCUUAGUCUUUCCAAAGUUCAGAGGAAGACUGGUAAAGGUACUCGUAUCGCAUGCUACUAUGGGGAUGAAAAUUCGGUGCUCGGUCCAGCUUGAUUCCAAAAAUGACCCCAUAGGUCACUGCGAGCUGAGUUUUUUACCAGACUCCCUUCGAUAUUUAGACUUUUCUUUCCUCAGUUGCAUUGGACAACUUUUUAAUCUUUCGUUUUUUAUGAUACUUUUCGUAUUUGCAAUUUUCAUCUUUGUUUGCUCCAUUCGUGUCUCUACAAUCGUCCAAGCACAAGCGGUCAUCGAAUUGAUCCUUGCCAUAUGUUGUGACGCAAUAUUCACAGUACUGCUGGCAAACCAGUAUUCGGUUCUCAUUCGGGGAAUCGCUAUGCCUGGCAUGGAUUACGCAAAUCAAGGAAAGAAGAAGCAAGAAAACAGGAAUUGGAAGCUGCAUCUUGACUUUAAUGUAUCCUGCAAAAGAGAUAGAGAGAGAGUUUUAUGUUCGUCGUGUUAAAAAUUCAAGAUCCGGGUAUAAGACCAGUAUAAUUAAGAAAGCGAAAAGAAGGAAAGAAACGAGGAAGAAAUAAACGAACGAAUUAAUAAGAAAGCCUCCAAAUAGGGAGAUUGCCGUGCACUUUAUUCCAUGACUAUAGAGCAUAAAUAAGUUAAAGCGUUAAAUUUACUAGUUAGGUUUUUUCUGAUAAACGUCCAGUUUCCAAAACGAAUUUUGUUUCGUUUUGGUCUGUGUAUGGUGGCCCAUUGUUCUCAGGUUAUGAUGAUUAACAAUAAAUGGAUAAUUUGACGGAUUGAAAUAAAA